AUGAAAAUUUCCGAUAAGCGUAAGUUUGAAAAAGUAAACUUUGAGGAGUUUGAGUCGGCUCUCAAUAACAAAAACGACUUGGUACAUUGUCACUCAAUAACUUUAUUUGAAUCGAUCCGCACGGAAGUGCGAUCAUUCUACGAAGACGAAAAGUCUAGUCUAAUCAAGGUGGUAAAAUACAGAACUGAUGCAAUGGAUAGGAAAAGAUCUUUUGAAAAAAUUGUCAUUGCCGUCAUGGUCAAGAAAAAUGUACAAAAGUUUCUGACGUUUGUUGAAGACGAACCAGAUUUCCAGAGCGGACCAAUCCCUUCAAAGUAUCUCAUUCCCAAGAAAAUCAACUUGAUGGUCUACACGUUGUUUCAAGUACAUACUUUGAAAUUUAAUAGGAAAGAUUACGAUACCCUUUCUCUUUUUUACCUCAACAGAGGAUACUAUAGUGAGUUGAGUUUUCGUGUCCUGGAACGUUGUUACGAAACUGCGAGUUCCAGGCCGAACGACAGCUCUACGAUGCGUACUUUCACCAACUUUGUUUCUGGCGCGCCUAUUGUAAGGAGUCUUCAGAAAAGCACCAUAAGGAAAUAUGGAUACAAUUUGGCACCCUACAUGUUUUUGUUACUACACGUAGAUGAGCUUUCGAUUUUUUCCGCAUAUCAAGCAAGUUUACCUGGCGGUAAGAAAGUCGACACAGGGCGGCUGAAGCGUGAUCUAUGCCCACGUAAACCCACUGAGAUAAAGUACUUUUCACAGAUAUGUAACGAUAUGAUGAACAAAAAAGACGGAUUGGGUGAUAUUUUGCAUAUUAUCUUGCGAGCAUGUGCGCUUAAUUUUGGGGCGGGUCCCCGUGGUGGCGCUGGUGACGAAGAGGAAGAGGAUCGAUCUAUUGCGAAUGAACAAUCCAUUAUUCCCUCUGUGGACGAGCAUGGCUUAAAAGUAUGUAAGUUGCGCAGUCCGAACACUCCACGAAGACUCAGAAAAACAUUAGAUGCCGUGAAAGCUUUAUUGGUGUCCUCUUGUGCUUGCACCGCAAAGGAUUUAGAUAUAUUUGAUGACAACAACGGCGUUGCGAUGUGGAAAUGGAUCAAAAUUCUGUACCACGAAGUAGCACAGGAAACCGCGCAGAAGGACUCUUAUAGAAUAACUUUGGUACCUUCUUCUGAUGGUAUAUCAGUAUGUGGAAAACUGUUUAAUCGCGAGUAUGUCCGCGGCUUUUACUUUGCAUGCAAGGCUCAGUUUGACAGCCUUUGGGACGAAUUGAACAAGUGCUUUUAUAUGCCUACAGUGGUUGAUAUUGCCAGUCUCAUUUUGCGUAAUCGAGACGUUUUGUUCAGAGAGCCAAAGCGGGGAAUUGACGAGUAUCUGGAAAACGAUUCUUUUCUUCAAAUGAUACCUGUUAAAUAUCGUGAAAUUGUGCUGCCAAAGUUGAGAAGAGAUGCUAACAAAAUGACCGCGGCUCUGAAAAAUAAAGUGGCUGUUGCAAUUGACGAGCUCACGGUGCCACUUAUGUGGAUGAUCCAUUUUGCCGUGGGAUACCCCUUACCGUUAUCCAGAGCUUCAGCUACUCGCUUUUGCCGGUCCUCAGCGCAACGUAUACGUCGACGAUACAACAAGACGCAUCCAACUGUACACUGA